CAGCCUCCACCUCUCCUAUGGUUCAGCUUCUUGGAGGCUCCUGUAACCCUUUGCUUUCCUGAAAGCAGCAGGACACUUUGGAGAAAACUCUUCAUGGGUGAUGGAGUGGGACAGGGACCCUGGCUGGAAGGGAUACAGUAUCUUCCACAGGGUGGUCAGAGCCAGCAGGGGAAACAGGCAGAAGCCUGGCUUUAGUUAGGUCCUUCCCAGGGUCAUGGUCUCAGUUUCUGGCGUGAAGCCCUGAUCCUGGGGCAUGUCUGCCAGCUUCCGCCUGUGCUGGUAUAGGUGACAAGCAGUUGGCCACUCUGGCUGUGCUGGCUAGCACAGUGUAUCAGAGCGAGAGGGGCCCUUUAGGGGCCUCAAGCUAGAGGGAAGAAGGCACUUCUAGAUCAUGGCCAUUGCAUUUGGCUUUGCAUGGCCAUCUCUACCCGGUCACAUGGGAACUGAACUGGUCAGCCUGGUGUCCAUCCCCAGGGCCUGUCCUUCUUCUAGCACCUGUGGUUGGAUGGUUAGUGUCCUUGGAAGGGCUUGGGGGAGGGUUGGUGGCGACCGCUGGUUAAAUUUAGAGUAGGGCUGUGCUGCUGCUGCCUGAGGUCCACCUGCUACCACUGCCGUUUGGGUCCUGCUGGUAAGAGGCAGGCAGUGGCAGGUCCUGCCAGGGCCAGGCCUAUCUUAAUCUGUGCUGUGUGUGUCCUGAGGGCCAGAGAAAGGCCACUGAGCUGAGAGGCUACUGUGGCAUCAGAGCCAAGAUAUCAGAGAUUUUCCCAUUCCCAGCCCUGAUUUCCCCACUGGACCCUUCUCCUUCUGAACCAGCAUCCUGCCUGGUUUGAGCAGUCAUGGCCUCACGGGUGAAUGAUCAAAGCCAGGCUUCAAGGAAUGGGCUGAAGGGAAAGGUGCUAACUCUGGACACUAUGAACCCAUGUGUGCGGAGGGUGGAGUAUGCAGUUCGAGGACCCAUUGUGCAGCGUGCCUUGGAGCUGGAGCAGGAGCUGCGUCAGGGUGUGAAGAAGCCGUUUACUGAGGUCAUCCGUGCCAACAUUGGGGAUGCACAAGCCAUGGGGCAGAGACCCAUCACCUUCUUCCGCCAGGUCCUGGCCCUCUGUGUCUACCCCAAUCUUCUGAGCAGUCCUGACUUCCCAGAGGAUGCCAAGAGAAGGGCAGAACGCAUCUUGCAGGCCUGCGGGGGCCACAGCCUGGGUGCCUAUAGCAUUAGCUCUGGAAUCCAGCCGAUCCGGGAGGAUGUGGCGCAAUACAUUGAGAGAAGAGACGGAGGCAUCCCCGCAGACCCGAACAACAUAUUUCUAUCCACAGGGGCCAGCGAUGCCAUCGUGACAAUGCUCAAGCUGCUGGUAUCUGGCGAGGGCCGUGCACGAACAGGUGUACUCAUUCCCAUUCCUCAGUACCCACUGUACUCAGCCGCGCUGGCUGAACUGGACGCCGUGCAAGUGGACUACUACCUGGACGAAGAGCGCGCCUGGGCUCUGGACAUCGCAGAGCUGCGGCGCGCUCUGUGCCAGGCACGUGACCGUUGCUGCCCUCGAGUACUGUGCGUCAUCAACCCCGGCAACCCCACUGGGCAGGUGCAGACCCGUGAGUGCAUCGAGGCCGUAAUCCGCUUUGCUUUCAAAGAAGGACUCUUCUUGAUGGCUGAUGAGGUAUACCAGGACAACGUGUAUGCCGAGGGCUCUCAGUUCCAUUCAUUCAAGAAGGUGCUCAUGGAGAUGGGGCCACCGUAUUCCACGCAGCAGGAGCUUGCUUCUUUCCACUCAGUCUCUAAGGGCUACAUGGGCGAGUGCGGGUUUCGUGGUGGCUAUGUGGAGGUGGUAAACAUGGAUGCUGAGGUGCAGAAACAGAUGGGGAAGCUGAUGAGUGUGCGGCUGUGUCCACCAGUGCCAGGCCAGGCCUUGAUGGACAUGGUGGUCAGUCCGCCAACACCCUCCGAGCCGUCCUUCAAGCAGUUUCAAGCAGAGAGACAGGAGGUGCUGGCUGAACUAGCAGCCAAGGCUAAGCUCACGGAGCAGGUCUUCAAUGAGGCUCCCGGGAUCCGCUGCAACCCAGUGCAGGGCGCCAUGUAUUCCUUCCCUCAAGUGCAGCUGCCCUUGAAAGCGGUGCAGCGUGCUCAGGAACUGGGCCUGGCCCCUGACAUGUUCUUCUGCCUGUGCCUCCUGGAAGAGACUGGCAUCUGCGUUGUGCCCGGGAGUGGCUUUGGGCAGCAGGAGGGCACCUAUCAUUUCCGGAUGACCAUUCUGCCCCCCAUGGAGAAACUGCGGCUGCUGCUGGAAAAACUCAGUCACUUCCAUGCCAAGUUCACCCAUGAGUACUCCUGAAGCCACUGCUAGGGCCACACUGGACAGUCUCUGACGCAACAAACCGAGGGUCCUUAGGAACCCUCAGUAUUUCUGAUUUUGUCUAGGGUCUCGGUAACUGUCCCUGCGGGUCCCUAAUAAAUCUGAUGUCAGCCUGA